AUGUGGGUGGUGCAGAACGGGCUCUUCAACGUGGACGGCGGACACCGGGCGAUCAAGUACCGACGGACGACGGGCGUUUCGCGGGAGAUUUACGCGGAGGGCACGCACUUUCUGGUGCCCUGGUUCGAGUCGCCGGUGAUCUACGACGUGCGAGCACGGCCGCGCAACGUGUCGUCGCUGACGGGGACCAAGGACCUGCAGAUGGUCAACAUCACGUGCCGCGUGCUCUCGCGACCAGACGUGCCGGCACUGCCGCAGAUCUACCGCACGCUGGGGACGGACUAUGACGAGCGCGUGCUGCCGUCGAUUGUGAACGAGGUGCUGAAGAGCGUGGUGGCCCAGUUCAAUGCCAGCCAGCUGAUCACACAGCGCGAGAUGGUGGCCCGGCUGGUGCGCGAGAACCUGGCACGGCGGGCGGCCCGGUUCAACAUCUUGCUGGACGAUGUCUCCUUGACGCACCUCGCCUUCUCGCCCGAGUUCACGGCCGCCGUCGAGGCCAAGCAGGUGGCCCAGCAGGACGCGCAGCGGGCCGCCUUUGUCGUCGACAAGGCACGCCAGGAGAAGCAGGCCAUGGUGGUCAAGGCCCAGGGAGAGGCGCGAUCGGCCGAGCUGAUCGGCGAGGCCAUCAAGAAGAGCAAGGCCUACGUCGAGCUCAAGAAGAUCGAGAACGCCCGGGCCAUUGCGCAGUCGCUGCAGGAGGCCGGCAAGAACCGGCUGCUGCUGGACGCCGAGGGUCUCGGGCUCAACGUCUUUGACGAGGCCGAGCAGAAGUAG